ACAGUCCGAAGCAAGCAACCGCCCCUCUUCUUCUUCAUCCCUUGACGCGAUCCCCAAUCCGUCGUAUAAAAUCAAAAAUUUGCCCCAAAAUUCUCAUAUUUCACUGAAAUCCAUCAAGAUCUCUGAGGAUGUUGAAUGAAUUCGUGGCUCGAGUUCUCGCAUUGAUGCUUGGCUACGCGUAUCCAGCAUUUGAAUGCUUUAAAAUGAUGGAGGUGGGGCAAGCUAGCAUAGGGCAGCUCCAUUUCUGGUGCCAAUACUGGGUGAUUGUUGCAAUCUUGACGGUCUUUGAAAGAUUCUUCGAUGUGUUCGUUUCAUGGUUGCCGUUGUAUGAUGAGACCAAGAUAGCAUUCUUCAUCUACUUGUGGCACCCGAAAACAAAGGGAACAAGUUGGGUGUAUGCUGCGUUUCUGAGGCCAUUGGUUGUGCAGCAUGAGCCAGACAUUGAGGAGAAAUUGAGGAGGUUUAGGGCUAAAUCUGCAGACUUGUUGAUGUUCUACAUCAAGAAUUUCACAGACCAAGGAAAAUCCAUGUUUCUGGAGCUUCUUCAUAUGGUUGUUUCACAGCCAAAUGGGUCAUCAUCAUCAACCCCACAGCCACCAGCAACGCCUGAACCAUCGGCUCCACCACAUCCGAUCACAAUCACGCGUUCAGCAAACCGACCAUCCACUUCAGAAUCAGGAUUCCCCAGCGAAUUCACGGGAGUCGCUGCAGAUGAGUUACACCUCAACCCGGAAGUGGAGAAAGCGCUGCGAGCCUCCCGUGUGAAUUUACCCCGAUUCCGCCACCACAACAGGAAAACGUAAAAUCCCUUCAUUCCAUCAAAAUAUAUUCUAGCCCAUUGUACAGAAGAUAGACAUUAGUGCAAAAAUUUCCCGGUAAAUGUUGUAGCAUUAGUUUUCUUUCUUUCUACUGUUUUCCCUUGAGAUAUAAAUUCCAUUCAUUCCUCAUUUUGUCUCUAUCUUUCUGUUUGUACUAUGAAAGCGAGUAGAAUCAAUCAACAUAUAAUAUCAAAACCAUGGAAGAAGACGGAUAUGGAUAUCUGCUGAUAUAUUUAUACUAGUGUGCACCCGGUGCAAAGCA